CGUUCACCCACUAGAGGGGCGCGAGAACUUAACUCAUUAAUGAAUUAGUGACGUGUUUACAAGGCGUUUAACGUUUACUUUAGUUGAGUUUGUCCUAAUGGGCCACCGUAUGAGACCUGGCGGGAUUCAGGAAAAUUUAUGUUAAGGGGACUUGUUUUAAUUUACAAAUUAAACAGAAGUACAAGUAGCUACGUUUAAGAUUAUUAUGAUGGAGGGUAUCAAUGCAAAGUACGUGUCACAGAAAAUCAGUAAAACGAGAUGGAGACCGGUCUCAUCUUCGUCUUUACAGCAACCAGACAUCUUUGCUACUGGGUCUUGGGAUAACGAGGACAACAAAAUUUCCAUUUGGUCCAUCGGGGAGAAUGGGAUCUCCGGUGUGGACGAUGAAUUUGAGGGAGACCCCCAAUUAGUAUGUGAACACAAACAUAAUGGGGAUGUUUUGGAUCUUCAAUUUCUGGAUCAAGACAGAAUAGUAACAGCAUCAUCGACUGGAGCAGUGAUCAUCUUUCGGCAUCACCACAACAGCCAGACAUUGUCUGUUUCUCAAUUGUGGGAAAGAGCACAUCAUUAUCCCUGCGACAACGCUCCAUGCACUGGAAUUGUGUGUAACAGCCCUGAGAUUGUCACGGUCGGGGAAGAUGGAAGGAUCAUCCUCUUCAGAGCGGACCAGGAAGGAGUGCUGCGCACUAUAGAAAAUGCUGAUAGUAGCACAAUCCAUGAUGUGACUUUCCUAAGGACUACGGAGAUCCUUACUGUCAAUUCAAUUGGCCAGCUCAAAAUAUGGGACUUCAGGCAGCAGGGCAAUGAACCAUCGCAGAUUCUUUCACUAACUGGGGACAGAGUCCCACUGCAUUGUGUGGAUAGGCACCCCAACCAACAACACAUUGUGGCCACAGGGGGGCAGGAUGGCAUGCUCUGUAUCUGGGAUGUGAGACAAGGCAACAUGCCCUUUUCACUUAUGGAGGCACACUCUGCUGAAAUGUGGGAGGUCCAUUUUCAUCCAUCAAACCCAGACCACCUGUUCUCAUGCUCAGAAGAUGGAUCACUGUUGCAUUGGGAGACUUCCUCAAAUUCAGACACACCAUCCUUCUUACAAGGUGGACGGAACACGAGCAUAGUUUCGCGCAGUGCAAUAGCCCCAGCAGGUGGGAACCAGUCCCUCAUCAGUUCCUGGCUCACUGGAGACUCAUGUAAGGGACGCCUUGAGACCACUCACAUGCUGCCCAGCCAGACCCUGUCUGUGAACAGUCUGGAUGUGCUGGGACAAUGCUUGGUGUGUGGAACGGACGGAGAGGCUAUUUAUGUCAACAGACGGGUCCCAAUUUAGAAAAACGUUUUGCUAUUAACAUUAAUAGACAUGCUGGCUGGACUUUAUUUACCUUUAACUGAUUGUUAAAACCUGUUUUCAGUAAAAGUUCUCGCUUCUGAGGAUUAGAUAACCUCAAUCGGGUGAAAUUGUUUUUGGUAGUCCUGAAGGAGUUUGAAGAAAUUGUAAGCAUACAGAGGUCUUUUAUUACCACUCAAAUAUUACUCUUGUACAGGAAAUUGUGCUCUGCUUGAUUUGUGGGGAAGUCAUAUUGGUUGUGUCCAUGUCAUUUAACUCUGGUGUUUUGAAAUAAAAUGUCUGCAUAAAAUGUGUUCUCUAUUA